AUGGCGAGGACAAAAGCUGACAAGUCCAUUUCAGAGGCUUUACUUGCGGUCCUACCUUCGGAUCGGAGGCCGUGGUACAAGGUCCCUCACUUGAUCCGACUGAAUGCCAUUCUUGUUGGAAUUUUACUAUUUUCCAGCACCGUGGGCUAUGAUAUUUCUCUGAUGAAUGGGCUUCAGUCCAUGGGCCAAUGGACGGAGUUUAUGAACCACCCAGCUGGCGCGUGGCUUGGGUUCAUCGGAGCAAUUCAAUCCCUUGGUGGAGUCAUCGGAAUGCCCCUACAGGCCUCGUUCUCUAACCGAUAUGGCCGGAAGCCCUCUCUCUGGGUGGGAUACAUCUUCCUGGCUGGGGGGGUUGCCAUGCAAACCGCGACUCCCAUCCCAGCAUUGUUCAUUGUUUCGCGAUUCAUUGUCGGUUUCUCGUCGGCAUGGUUUAUGAGUGCCCCGGUUCUCAUUGCUGAACUUGCUUAUCCGACACAGCGUUCCAAGGUGGUUGCCUUAUAUCAACCCAUGUACUAUGUCGGCUCUGUCCUGUCCUCAUGGGCAACGUUUGGCUGUCGCAAUAUGGCAUCGUCGUGGGGCUGGAGGAUCCCUGUGGUUCUCCAGAUCACAUUCCCAGUUAUAUCCAUUCCUUUUGUUUUGUUGUGUCCCGAGAGCCCCCGCUGGCUGGUUCGCAACGGUAAAUCAGACCAGGCCCGCCAAAUCCUGACCAAGUACCACGCCGGUGGGGAUGAGCAAUCUCCGCUUGUGAACUUCCAGAUGGAGGAGAUCGCGGAUGCCAUCCGAGUCGAAAAUGAAUUGGCUUAUACGGCAAGCUGGAUGGAUAUGCUCAGGACCAAAGGAAACCGCCGCAGGCUGUAUAUCAGCGCGACUCUGGGUGUCUCUGCGCAGUGGAAUGGAGUGGGAAUUGUAUCCUACUACCUUAGCCUGAUUCUUAAUAGCGUCGGGAUCACUUCAGUUACGCAACAGACGAUGGUCAACGGCUUCCUGCAAAUCUGGAAUCUUAUUCUGGCUAUCGUUGGAGCGCAAUUCGUGGAUUUCGCCGGCCGCCGCAUGCUUUUCAUCAUCUCCACCGUCACAAUGCUGAUCAGUUACAUCCUUAUCACUGGCCUCGCCGGUAGCUUUGCCACGACCCAAGUCAGUGCGGUCGGAACAGCGGUGAUUCCAUUCUUAUUCAUCUUCUACGGAGGAUAUGAUCUCGCGUGGACGCCGCUGUUGGUUUCGUAUCCCGCCGAGAUCUGGUCAUACUCCUUGCGAGCCAAGGGCGUUUCGCUGGCCUACAUGUUCACUUACCUUGCCCUGCUUUUCAACCAAUUAGUGAACCCGAUCGCUCUGGACGCAAUCGGAUGGAAAUACUAUAUUCUUUACAUCGCUCUCCUGGUCAUUAUCCUGGUUAAUGUAUGGUUCACGUAUCCCGAGACCCGUGGCUACUCCCUGGAGGAAAUGGCCGUGCUUUUUGACCAGGACGACCUGGGCGAAGACGAACGGGGAUCGAAGAUGAAGCGAGAAGCUUCUCACACUGAACACGUCGAGACAUCCGAGAAAUCCGGAAUCUAA